AUGGUAAGCGAUGGACGCUUCCCACUGGCCUCGUGCGCCCAUUGCAAACAAAGCAUGCAGGGACCCCUUGAACUCCUCUUGCUUUUUGUGUGGCUCCAAAAGAUAGCAGAGAGCAGCUCCGCUGGAAACACGGUCAAAGAUAUGUUUGAGGCGUGGCGGCAAUAUCAGGAGGCCUGCAGUCGCAAAAUGUUAGAAGAUCCACAUCCCACAAGCCUGGUGUGCAACCGUACGUUUGACAUGUAUGCGUGCUGGGACGACACCCUUCCCAACACCUCCGCCAAAGUCCCCUGCCCCUGGUACCUCCCCUGGUACCAGCAAGUACGAAACGGCUUUGUGUUCCAGAAAUGUGGCCCAGAUGGACAGUGGGUAUUGGAUGAAUCUGGACACCCUUGGCGAGACCAUUCGCAGUGUGAGGGCCUCAGUGAGCAGUUCCCCUUCCAGAAACAUUUGCGGAUUCUGGAACAGUUCCGACUGAUGUACACAGUGGGCUACUCCCUUUCACUGGUGGCUUUGCUGGUGGCUCUGGCACUACUGGCUGCUUUCAGGAAGCUUCGAUGCAUCCGCAAUUACAUCCACAUGAACCUUUUCCUGUCCUACGUGUUGCGGGCAGUCUCCAUCCUUGCCCGGGACUUCCUCCUUCAGCUACACUUUCCCAAGGAGCUCCAGGAUGAAGGAGAUCUCUCCCGCUUCCCUAUGGGACAGGCUGUGACUGGCUGUCGCCUGGCCCAGAUCCUAACCCAGUACUGUGUCUGUGCAAACUACUACUGGCUCUUAGUGGAGGGACUUUAUCUACACAACCUGUUGGGGCCGCUGGCCUUCUCCGAAGAGAGCUAUUUCCCAGGUUAUCUGUUCAUCGGAUGGGGGACACCGAUCCUUUUUGUCAUCCCUUGGGUGAUUGUGAGAUACCUUUACGAAAAUAACGAAUGCUGGGAGAGAAAUGACAACAUGGGCUACUGGUGGAUUAUCCGUUGCCCCAUUCUGCUCGCCAUCGUUGUCAACUUUGUGAUCUUCAUUCGCAUUAUUAAGAUCCUGGUCUCCAAGCUCCGGGCACAACAGAUGCGUUACACGGACUAUAAAUUUAGACUGGCCAAGUCCACGCUGACCCUCAUCCCCCUGCUGGGUGUUCACGAGGUUGUGUUUGCACUGGUCACCGAAGAGCAGGCCCAAGGCAGCUUACGCUACGUCAAAUUCUUCUUUGAACUCUUCCUCAACUCCCUCCAGGGCUUGCUGGUGAGCGUCCUCUACUGUUUCGUCAACAAGGAGGUCCAGUCUGAGAUCCAAAGGAAAUGGCAGAGGUGUCAGUUGGGCACCAGCCUUCUCGAGAAGCAGGGCCACAGCUUCAGCCACUGGGCUUCCUGGCGUAGCCGAAGCAGCCGCUGCCAGAAGGCCGGCUGUCCCCGGCCCCGCGAAACCCCGGGGUCAAAGGUUCCCCCUGGCGGCCUGGAGCACGCAACAGCAAACGCCCUGUUCCAAAAGACACCUGUGGGCAGCAAACCCUAUUGGUACAUCCCUGUCCAGACAACGGAGGAGGACAAGGUGCAACAGCCACCUGCCGGCAAGGAUGCACGUGAAUGCACUGCUCGCCCCGAAAACAGCUGUUGA